AUGGUCCGCCCUACUAUCAAGGGGAUCAAGAAGAAGCGAAAGCAGUACAAGCGCGUACGAGUCGCGUACGGCCACAAACAGGACGUUCUCAGCUACAUCAAUGCUGGCCAUACACCCGGAGAGGCUCUAGACAAAUUCUACGGCUCAUUAAAUGGAAAAGAGCGACGAUCUAAACAGCAGCUCAUCAGCAAGUGGCGAGCCAACGAGGCCAAAAUUACAGUGGCUUGCAAAAGCGGCCACUCGGUACACGAGUUUGGCGCGAAAUUAAAGGUCUUCAAGACAAAUUUCCCUGCCAAAUUUACGGCAACAAGACAGCUUGGUGGAACGAAAAACUGUCGGUGA